AUGAUUGAGCAACUAGGAACAAUUUACUUACGAUAUUUAAUUGGCAUUCAUAAAAAGGAUCUGAUGAAUCAUGAGUUCUAUAAAUCCUGCUUAGCAGAAAGACGGGUAUUCCUCGCUCAUUAUCAGAUAAUCACUUAUUCAGAAAUCCCGUGUUGGGCUAGUUGUUUGGAUUUCCCAUCUCAUGGAAAACCCUUUUCGCUAUGCUUAGCCUUAUCCCCUGCUAGGGGUAUUUUAGUGAUAGGUUCGAUAGGAAAUGGACGAUCCUAUUUGCUCAAAUAUCUAGCGACAACCACCUAUGUUCCUCUCAUUACAGUAUUUGUAAACAAGUUCCUAGAUAACUUUCCUAAGGAUUUUGAUAGUGAUGAUAGUGAGGGCGACAUGGGUGAUAGUGACGAUCUCGACCGUAAGCUUGAUAGCCAGUUGAAGUUUCUAAGUUGGAGGAUCCAGUAUCUAGCGAUCUGA